AUGACUGAGAGUUAUAUUAGCCCUGUGCUGAGUUAUGCAUCUGAAAUAUGGGGACGACACAAAGCUAAGGAUGUAGAAAAAGUACACCUUUCAUUCUGUAAAAGAGUACUUAAGGUUAAACAGAAUACAUAUAACAAGGAAGUUAAUAUAAAAUUUUAUUUGCUUUGCAUAUACCUUCAAGCAGUUUUGUUGUUCACGACCAAUAUUGUUAUCGGUUAUGGUCCGCUGUGCAUGAAGUGCCAAGAUGCAACAACCAUAGAAGAAUGCAGACAACAGUAUGAGGUUCCAUGUGGAGAUAAAGAUGGUUGUUAUUUGAGGAAAUAUACCACAGAUAAUGCAGAGAUCAGAUUUGAAGCAGGGUGUUUAGCAAAAACGACGUGUGCCAUUCUGAAUUCUUUACACAACAACCCUGUAGGUAAGCGAAAAGUAGAUCUACUGAGGCCAAAGAAAGAAGUCACCAACUGUUUCCAGUGUUGUAAUGGGUCUUUCGCACAGGGCGGGCCUUGUAAUUCCCAUCUCUGCGGCCAAGCUCCUGCCCCAGAGUUAGUGACCUGUAAAAUGUGUCCUGGUAUUCAUGCUCACAUAGAGAGCUGUUCACACGAAGACGUAUGCCCUCCUGGAGAGGCAUGCUACACAGGUAUACGUAUUGUUGGCAGUGAAGCAAAAUACGUUUUUGGUUGUGCCAAGAAACGAAUUUGUAGGUCGUUAGCUUCAGACAACGUUAGAAAGCCAAGAGAAAUACAUGGGGAUAUUGGUUUAAGCAUCUGUGAUGCCUGUUGUGUAGGCAUUAAUUGUAACGAAGCGGAGUGUUUCGCUCUAAAAAACGUAAUGAAAUAUAGUGAUUACGCAGACAAUUCAACAUCAUCAACCUUCGGAUAACGUCUAUGG